GCAGUCGCGCGGGGUCCUCGCGCGUCCCACGUUGGGUCCUGGCCCCGGCCGUCUGCACACCCGGUGCGCCACUGCACGCGUACUCCACGCAGGUCAUGGCAGCCGCCGACGGUUCGCUCUUGGACAACCCCAGGACGUUCUCCAGACGCCUCCCAGCCCAGGCGAGUCGGCAAGCAAAGGCUACGAAAAGAAAAUACCAAGCGUCCAGUGAGGCUCCCCCAGUGAAACGGAGAAACGAAACUUCAUUUCUCCCAGCCAAGAAAACUAGUGUUAAAGAAACUCAAGGGACUUUUAAGGGGAACACACAGAAAGCAUUUUCUGCGAAGAAGCACUCGGUUAGCACGAGUGACAGAAACCAAGAGGAGAGACCGUGCGUUAAGACUUCAUCACUGUUUAAAAACAACCCUGACAUUCCAGAACUCCACAGAUCUGUAGUAAAGCAGGUGCAAGAAAAAGUGUUUACUUCAGCUGCUUUUCAUGAACUGGGCCUCCACCCACAUUUAAUUUCCACAAUAAAUACGGUCUUAAAAAUGUCUAGUAUGACCAGUGUUCAGAAGCAAAGUAUUCCUGUGUUGCUGGAAGGCAGAGAUGCUCUCGUGAGAUCCCAGACGGGCUCAGGUAAAACUCUUGCCUAUUGCAUCCCUGUGGUCCAGUCCCUUCAAGCAAUGAAAUCAAAAAUACAGCGCAGUGAUGGCCCCUAUGUCUUGGUGCUUGUGCCAACGAGAGAGCUGGCUCUACAAAGCUUUGACACAGUCCAGAAACUGCUUAAGCCAUUCACCUGGAUUGUGCCUGGAGUGUUAAUGGGUGGAGAGAAGAGAAAAUCAGAAAAGGCCAGACUCCGCAAAGGAAUAAAUAUCCUUAUCUCAACUCCUGGACGUCUUGUGGAUCAUAUAAAAUCCACAAAGAACAUUCAUUUUAGUCGGCUGCGGUGGUUGGUGUUUGAUGAAGCAGACAGAAUCCUGGAUUUGGGUUUUGAAAAGGACAUCACAGUGAUACUUAAUGCUGUAAAUGCUGAAUGUCAAAAACGACAGAACGUCUUGCUAUCAGCAACACUCACAGAAGGUGUAACGCGGCUGGCUGAUAUCAGUUUGCAUGAUCCAGUCAGUAUUUCUGUCCUGGACGAGAGCCAUGACCAGUUGAACCCAAAGGACAAAGUGGUCCAGGAGGUCUGUCCUCCACCAGCUGGCGAUGAGCUGGACAGCUUUGCGAUACCAGAGAGUCUCGAGCAGCACGUAACUGUGGUUCCCAGCAAACUAAGGCUUGUCUGCCUAGCGGCCUUCAUCCUUCAGAAAUGCAAGUUUGAGAAAGACCAGAAGAUGGUUGUCUUUUUCUCAAGUUGCGAGCUGGUGGAGUUCCACUACAGCCUCUUCCUGCAGACCCUGCUGAGCAGCUCAGGGGCCCCGGCAUCAGGGCAGUUGCCAUCUGCCUCCACGCGAUUAAAAUUCCUACGACUGCAUGGCAACAUGGAGCAGGAGGAAAGAACAGCAGUGUUUCAGGAAUUUUCACAUUCCAGAAGAGGCGUCCUUCUUUGCACGGAUGUUGCAGCUCGAGGCUUAGAUCUCCCUCAAGUCACAUGGAUUGUUCAGUACAACGCUCCAUCUUCACCUGCAGAAUACAUCCACCGGAUUGGAAGAACCGCCCGGAUUGGCUGCCAUGGGAGCAGCCUGCUCAUUUUGGCUCCUUCGGAGGCAGAAUAUGUCAACUCGUUGGCGUCUCACAAAAUCAACGUUUCUGAGAUUAAGAUGGAAGAUAUUUUGUGUGUUCUGACGAGAGAUGAUUGUUUUAAAGGGAAACGAUGGGGAACCCAGAAAUCCCAUGCUGUUGGCCCCCAGGAAAUCCGAGAGCGAGCCACAGUCUUGCAGACAGUAUUUGAAGAUUACGUGCACUCCAGCGAGAGGAGGGUCUCCUGGGCAAAGAAAGCUCUGCAGUCCUUCAUCCGAGCCUACACCACCUACCCCAGGGAGCUGAAGCACAUCUUCCAUGUCCGAUCCCUCCACCUUGGGCAUGUGGCGAAGAGCUUCGGGCUAAGAGAUGCCCCCAGGAAUCUUAGUGCCUUGACCAGAAAAAAAAGGAAAGCAAACCUGAAAAGGCCUGGCCUCCAUAAGAAGACCCAGAGUAAACACAGCCUUGCUGAAAUCCUGCGUUCGGAAUACUCAAGCGGCAUGGAGCCCGGCGUCACCAAGGUCAGACAGCAAAACGCUCCCGGAGAGCCGGGCAGCCAACCCUGCCGCACAGUCUGCAGCCAACACCCUGCUUUGGCCGUGGGAAAACAUUAAAAUGGAGAAAAACCCAAAAAGGUUUACUGUGGGACAGCAAGACUUCUCAGAAAGUUUAAAAUCUCUCCAUGUCUUCGAGUGGAUCCUGGAAGCCGUGGGUGGCAGUGGAUUGAUGUCCUGUUCUUGUCGGAGGAGCCUUGUGAAAAAUAACUGCCACCUUUCCCUGAAUACCACAUCCCCAAGAAUCAGAGGGGCCACAGCCCUUCUCCUCUGUGGGAGGCCCUGGAGCCUGAUAGAAAUCAGUCGGGGGGCAGAGGGGUGGGUCGGCACCACAGAGACUAGCUGGCUCCUGACAGAAGGGGUCUGUGUUUUGUAUUGAAACCAUUGGUGCCAGGCACUCCCUUCACCCAGGUGCUGACGUGCCGGGGUGAGGCGGCACCCAGGACUUGAUGUAAGAGCAUCCCUGGCGUUGGCCUGGAAGGGGCGGUUUGCUGCCCUUAACUGCGUUCCGAAGUUUCACAGCGUGACUGCAGCCUGCUCAUCGGUGCAUACAUUGGCGUGAAUGUUGUGACAGGGUGUUAAAAACCGGAAUUGAAUUUGUACGAAAAGAGAAUAAGAUAUUUAUCAGUAAUUAUUUUCUUGAUAUUGGAAUGUACUGUUAAAAAGGACCAAAAGUUUUUGGUUUGGGUAAAAAAAUAUGAAUGUGUUUUCAGGCUCGUGGGCCGUCUUAUUUUCUUCUGGAAACACGAUGUUGCAUUUA